UUUUAAAUUAUUAUGUCUCAGAAAAAAGCAGAUUUUGAUUUCCUUGUUAAAUUGUUAAUCAUUGGAGAUAGUGGAGUAGGCAAAACUUGUUUACUUAUGAGAUAUUGUGAGAAUCUAUUUACAAACAAUCAUUUGACCACUAUUGGUAUUAACAUAACACAUAUUCUAAGGAAUUGAUUUUAAAUUAAAGACUAUAGAAGUUGGAGGAAAGAAGGUUAAAAUACAAAUAUGGGACACUGCAGGUUAAGAAAGAUUUAGAACCAUAACUUAAACUUAUUACAAAGGAGCAUAAGGAAUUAUUUUAGUUUAUGGAGUUGAUGAUAGGGUUUCAUUCUAAAGGUACAAUUUAAAAACAAUUCUUAAGCAUCGAAAAUUGGAUGAAGCAAAUUAAUACUCAUGCAUAAGAAGGGGUGAGCAAAUUACUAGUUGCAAACAAAAGUGAUUGUGCUGAUAGAGUAGUUUAAACUUAAGAAGGUCAAAGAUUAGCAGAUCAAUAUUCCAUCCCCUUUUUUGAAACCUCUGCUAAAAAUGGUACAAAUAUUUAUGAAAUUUUCAAUACUAUUGCUAAAAUGGUUAUUGACAAAUAAUCCAAAGAUCCACUUGAUCGUCCAUCUAACGUAUAAUUAUCAUAAUAGCCUUAAAAUGAAUCUAUAAAAAAAUAAGGAGGAUGUUGCUGAUAUUUU